GCAUCUUCAGUGUUGGCACCCGGCUGUGACAGCUUGCGGCUUCACAGCCGGGUGCCCACUGCGCAUGCGCGAGUAGUGCUUCGCUUCCUGAAUGGCCCCGUAGUCUUCAGGGACCUGUCACGUGUCCCAAAUGACUAUGGGGAGGAAGGGAAGGAGGACAACUUCCGCUUCUGAAUGCCUAGGUGAUUGCAGUGGAAGUGGGUACCUGUCAAUUUCGGAUAGGUGCCAAUCCUUACCACCCCCAAAGGUGCCAAUCCUUAAUGGGGAGCAGUCCUUAAAG